UUUCACAUUGAGGACAGAAGGACAGGGAAAAUCUCGGUGCUGUCUGUGGUCCUUGGCUGGGGGAAAAUAUAAGCAGAUGGGAGGUUGAUGAUAGAAAAGACAGGAAAGACAAUGAAGAAAAUGGUCCUACUUGUAACAUUUAGCUAGUUAGUGAGAUUGAUCAGUUGUCAAACCUGUCAGAGUAAGAAGGAGUAGGGAGGAGUAACAUAAGAAGGAGCAACUUCAGCAGUAAUAAGAAAACCUACCACAAUGCACAAUCAAAUAAUUCAGUGCUUUGAGAGGUUUUUCCUCAAUCUGUGGUUUCUGAAGGAAUUCUUUGAAUUGAUUAUUGGGGCAACCUUCUACUUUUUUGAGGCUUUUGUCCGACUACUGGUCCAGCCACCGAGGAAGGACGUGGAGGGUGAGAUUGCCCUGGUAACGGGAGCUGCACAUGGCAUUGGCAAGAUGAUAGCGCAAGAACUGGGUCGAUUCGGCGCCACCUUGGUCCUCUGGGAUGUCAACUGGGAUGCCCUUGACAAGACAGCCAAGGAACUACGGCGUACUCUGGAUGUGCGGGUUUAUGCCUAUGCCUGUGACUGCAGCAGACGCACAGAGGUGUACAAAGUCGCAGAACUGGUGAAGAGGGAAGUUGGGGAUGUGUCCAUCCUUGUCAAUAAUGCUGGGGUGGUAACUGGAAAGUACGCAUUCACUGAAGCCCCAGACAACCUGGUGGACAGAACAUUGAGGGUCAAUGUUGCUGCUCAUUUCUGGACAUACAAAGCCUUUCUCCCAGCCAUGAUGUCCCGGAACCAUGGCCAUCUCGUGUGUGUGGCCUGUCAUGGAGGUCUCUUUGCUAUGAAUGGUUUAGCAGAUUAUUGUGCAAGCAAGUUUGCAGCUGUUGGAUUUGCUGAAUCAAUUGCCCUGGAGCUUCUUGUUCUUAAGAAGGAGGGUAUAAAAACAACCAUUGUGUGCCCUUACUUAAUUAAUACAACAAUGUUUGGAGGAUGCCAGACAAAGUGGCCUUUGUUUCUGCCAAUCAUGGACCAGAGUGAGGCUGCGAAGAGGAUUGUGGAUGCCAUUCUGAGGGAGAAGAUGUACUUACUAUUGCCCUCCAGUUUGUACUUCCUGAUGGCCUUGAAAAGUUUCAUGCCAGCUAAAUUGGGAAUCAUCUUUGUUAACUUCUUUGGUGGGUUGGAUCUGAUGGACCAUUUCAGAGGAGUCCCUGUGCCUGUCAUCACCUUUAAAAGGCCACAGCGACCGAGGGAGAACAGUGUCAUUGGGGAACCACAAAAUGCACAGAUAGAAUUCAACUAAACACCAAACAGAUGAAUGUCAUUAAAUUCAUUUUAAAUGUUUCAGAACUCAUUCACU